GUUUUGUGCAGCCGAUCGCUUUCGCAGCGCUAUCAGGUUGCUCGCAGCCCACAUUCCGAGGAAAGCGCCAGAUAAAUGCCCGAAACGUUAAACCCUGAGCACAGAUUUGCCUGAGAGCCCCCAGGAUGGAUGGAUUUUAUGACCAGCAAGUGCCUUACAUGGUCCCCAAUAAUCAGAGUGGGGGAACCAGUCAUGAGCGAACAUCCAGCAGCAGGAAAAGAAAGUUUCUAAAUAGAGACCUGGCUCAUGAUUCAGAAGAACUCUUCCAAGACCUGAGUCAGUUACAAGAAACAUGGCUUGCAGAAGCUCAGGUGCCUGACAAUGAUGAACAGUUUGUGCCAGAUUAUCAGGCUGAAAACCAGUUUGUCCCAGAUCAGCCUGAAAACAUGGCUUUUCAUUGUGUCCCAUUAAAAAUCAAGAAAGAACCACACAGCCCCAGCUCUGAACUCAACACUGCUUGCAGUCAGGAACAGCCAUUCAAGUUCAGCUAUGGGGAAAAGUGCCUGUACAAUGUCAGUGCCUAUGAUCAGAAACCACAAGUUGGAAUGAGGCCCUCAAACCCACCAACACCUGCAAGUACUCCUGUGUCCCCACUACAUCAUGCAUCACCCAACCCUGCACAGACUCCGAAACCAGACCGGAUUUACCCACCGCAUAUUCCUCCAUCCCAACCCAUAUCAGAUAACAGCUAUUCCAUGGACCAUAGAUUUCGCCGACAGCUCUCUGAACCGUGCAAUUCUUUCCCACCACUGCCUGCAAUGCCAAGGGAAGGGCGCCCCAUGUAUCAGCGGCAGAUGUCUGAGCCAAGCAUUCAGUUUCCUCCACAAGGAUUUAAACAGGAGUACCAUGAUCCCGUUUAUGAACACAACAAUAUGGUUGGAAAUGCACCCAGCCAAGCCUACCCUCCACCUCUUAUGAUAAAGCAGGAACCUAGAGAUUUUGCUUAUGACUCAGAAGUGCCUAGCUGCCAUUCCAUUUAUAUGAGGCAAGAAGCUUUCCUGACUCACCCAAAUGGCACAGAAGGUUGCAUGUAUGAAAAGGGGCCUCGACAAUUCUUUGAUGACACUUGCGUUGUCCCUGAGAAAUUUGAAGGUGACAUUAAACAAGAGCCAGGCUUGUACCGAGAAGGACCUACAUAUCAGAGAAGAGGCUCGCUGCAGCUCUGGCAGUUCCUAGUAGCACUUCUUGAUGACCCAGCCAAUUCCCACUUUAUUGCAUGGACUGGAAGGGGCAUGGAGUUUAAACUCAUAGAGCCUGAGGAGGUGGCACGUCGCUGGGGUAUUCAGAAAAACAGGCCAGCUAUGAACUAUGACAAACUAAGCCGUUCUCUGCGCUAUUAUUAUGAGAAGGGAAUAAUGCAGAAGGUCGCUGGAGAGAGAUAUGUCUAUAAGUUUGUGUGUGACCCAGAAGCCCUCUUCUCCAUGGCCUUUCCAGACAAUCAGCGGCCAUUGCUGAAGACCGACAUUGAGCGGCACGUUAACGAAGAGGACACAGUACCACUGUCUCAUUUUGAUGAAAAUAUGCCAUACAUGCAGGAUGGUGGCUAUUGUAAUACUCAUCCAUAUAAUGAAGGAUACGUGUACUAAUGAUAGUGACUGAAAAUGAUCAAGAGCAUUUCACUUUUCUUCUUUGCAAGACCCAAGAAAGCAGAAUAUUUUUUUUUAACAAGUAGUUCAUAAAUGGGCUUUACCUGUUGCAUAUCUCCUAUGGUCUGCCAUGGACAGCGCACUUUAUUUGAGGGAAAGGGGAUUAAAAAUGUAAACUGUAUGUAACAGGAUGAAAAAGAUGGAUACAUUAUUCAUGUGAGCUUGGGAAGAGAGAGUUUUAGGUACUUCAUUGCAAAGUCAUUUUGUCUAUUUUUUUUUCCUCUUUUAGGAGCUUAUUAUAUGUUGUACAUUUUUUUCUGGACAUAAAGGGUACAGUUAAUUUCUCUUAUCUGAGUAACUGCUUGAAAUGAAGCAUUCUUUCCGUAUACCCCAUUCGGUGCUUUUCUGAUGCCAUGACCCAUUUUACCCAAAAACACAAGGAUUGUCUGCUUUGCAUUCACUUUUGUAAUUUAUUUUCUAUCCAAUCUCUGCGUUCACAAAGCCCCUCCUACACCUGCGCCUGGGCAGAUAACCACCCCCCCCAACACUGAGAUUAUGUUGCAUACGAGUGUGGGUUUGGAACAUUACAAUUCUAAUUCAAAGCAAGAAAUCUUCCUCCUACACAUUAAUGAGGAUAAAAAGCAAAUCUUGAUUGGGAGAGAAAGAUAUUUCCUUUCAUUACGCAUAAUACAUAAACAAGUUAUCCAAUCAAUAGGAAUUAACUGUACUCUGUCACAUAUCUUAUUAUGCUGUUGUAGAUACAGCAAGCACUCCUUGGAAAAAAUAUCCAAUACACUAAAUAGGUACUUUAGUAAUUUUUAGACACAGUACCCAUUAAUAUGCAUUUAAGCCUUUUACUGCUGUGUUAUGUUGAUAACAUAUAUAAAUACUAGAUGAUGCUUCUGCUGCUGUCUUUUCUGUACUAUCCUCUUUGAUGCUGAAUUUACUAAAGUCAUUAUAUGCAUUGCUGUAACUACAGGUAGCAUUUCAGGACAAAAUAGAUGACUCGACUCAUUUAUUGCUUAUGAUAUAGCUUAGCUGCGCUGCAAUCAGCUUUUUCUUGCAUCAACAGAUAGUAAGCCUCUGCUUGCUAAGGGAAUCUCAGUGGGAUCUUUUUUUUUUUUUUUUCUUUUUGUAACAUUUGGUGGAACAGAGGCUUAUUUACAAACUGUCAUAGAAUACAAUGAAGCCACUGUACGUCCUAGUAGUGCGGGCACUGAUAGAAUCAAUCAAACUGUUUGGACACUACAUGUAAUGUGAGCAAAUGUGUUUGGGAGACAAGUUCAAGGUUACAUUUCUGGCGUUUGCUUUGUUUUAUUUUUAAGCGAAAGACAUGUACAGAAAGAAAAUGUAUUGAAAUUUUAUGGGCACCUUUUAUAAUUUUUGUUUUUAUUUGAGACCUGAUAAAAAGAGAAAAAGUUCACACAAUGGAAAUAUUGAUGCAGUCCUGUAUAAAAAAAAAAACAGCUCUUUGUUGAAUCGAUAAGAAAGAGAAUGUACAGCAUGUACAAAGGCUAAUUCUAAGAAUACAAAUACAUUAUUGGGAUUUACAGCCUGCAUGUUGAUAUAUCUGGUGCAGGAUUGGUGCAAGACUUAACUACAUACAUAGUCAUUCAAUUAAAAAAAAUGUAUAUAAUGUUUUCAUGUAUUUCUAUACAAUUUGUAAUAUGCAAUAAUAGCAAGAACUAAAUACCCUUUAUGCGAACUUCUUUUAUGGAUACAUGUAACUUAAUGUCACACAAUUAAUCUCCUCACUGCCAAAGUUUAAUCAGUAAACAUUUUAUUUUAUUUUUUUUCAAUUUUGUAUAUGGAAGAGAAAAAAAAGAAAAUACAAGAGUUAUUCAUUAGGUUCCAAGUAUACGUAAAUGAGAAAGUGAUCUAUGUAAAACUGCUGGGAUUAUUCACAGUCAUGACAAAGAAAAGUGUGUCCAUUUUUACUCAAGGUUUCAAUACUGAGAGUUUUAUAUUUUAAAGAGACUCACUUUUAACAGAUGUCUCACCUCCCUGUGGCUUGUGAUUCAGGCAAGAAGCCUCUUACUUUUUUCAUGUAUUGUAAAUCCUAUAAUUUGCAUGCCUCAGUGAGGUGAGAUUUCUGGCAGUGACCUUAAAUAUCACAUUCAGCCUAGCACCUUGGCCUGAAUUUAGCAUAUGAAAGGCAAUUGGAUUAAGCUUGGUCCAUGACAUUUGUCACAUCACAGAAAAUACUGCAUCAAAAACAAAAAUUGUCCCAUAAAUAGCAAGGUUUGUGCUUCUAAAACCAUUGAACCCCUGUAAUGGCAGCUUCCCUCAUUUAUCAGAGAGGAUUUUUUUUGACAUUUUAGAACUUUGCCAUUUUAAAAUGAAGCCAUUUUACUUUUAAAUCAGACAACUGUAAAAUAUGAUAAUGGACAUUUUACUUAGUGACAUGCGUUUUGGGAAAAUUCUGAAUUGUAUUCAAGGUAACAUGGAACAAAUUGAUGGCAAUUUCAGGAGUUCUUCAAAACAACUCUAUCAUUUGCAAAUGCAAAACUGUAUUUCUCUUGAAUAUCAGAUGUGGGCAUUAUUAUGACAUUUUAUAACAUUCAUGUGCGAUAGAUUCUUAUAAAAGGAUGUCUAGCCAUUUGGCCCUUCAACUAUUUCAUAAGCUCCAAGCAGCCCUUGACUGGAGUUACAUUACAACAGGUUCUGAAAUUCCGCAAACUGGGAUUUACCCUUCUUAUAUAACCAUUUAUAACACAAAUAUGUAUAAUAUUUUGGCAACAGUCAUUUGCUUUGGGGCUUUAUGAAAGGAAUCUAACAACCUGGUUUUCCCACACCUAUACAAGAGAUCCUGAAUGUGUGGCCAAACCAAAAGACCUUUGCUGUUUAGGAAUGCUGGUAGCUAAAAUGUAGCAGCACCCAGGCAAAGAAUUGUAAGAUCCCUGUUCAAUGUCAUGGUUUCUUAUGACUGUGCCCCAAUAUUUUGCUUUUUUUUUUUUUUACUGUAACAUUACAAACCCAGUGAACAUAGUUGCUUGGCAGUUAUGAACAACUACUUUUUAUUUGUGCUAAUAAAAGAUGAAUGUAAAGGAAACCCAA